AUGCUCUGUUCGGUCAAACCUCAUAUCCAGCUCGAUAACCAGGGAAUCCACUCCGAGUCCGCAACAAUCACAUGCAUCGAUUUUGUAGAUGAAGAUCGAUGCAUCAUCACCUGCUCCGAGGAUGGUUCCAUCCAAGUUCGGAAGGCGGAUACAGGUGAAAAAGUGGGUAACCCCUGGACAGAUGAAGGAAGUGGAGGUAUCCACGCCAUGGCAGUAUCGCCAAAAAAGCAAACGGAAGUCGUAACCGGCAGCCAAGAUGGUAGGAUACGCCUGUGGGAGGUGGACACCAGGGAAAUGACCAGAAGAUCGAGGCAAGCUCACAGCCUCGCAAUCCUGUCUGUCUGCUGGAGUCCGGAUGGAUUCCAAAUUGCCAGCGGGUCUGAAGACGGAACGGCGUUCAUAUGGGAUAUCAACCAAGACGAUAUCGUUGGACAUCCUAUCAGAACUAACCACCCACAUGUAUACGCAGUAUGCUAUUCACCUGACGGUAAAACGCUCGUGACGAGCGGAUGCAACAACAUGAUCACUUUCUGGGACGUCAGUACAAGGAAGGCGCUCCGCUUUGUAGAAGCAUGCGAUUUAUCGCAGCAGGUCCAUUGCAUCGCAUGGACUUCAUGCGAUAGAAUUUUCCUGGGAUGUAGUGAUGGAAUCGUACAGGCAAGAGGUAAAGCCGAAGGAAAGGUCGCCCGUCUAGGCAAACGUACUGGUCCUAUCUGCGCCAUCGUCUUGUCUCAAGACAAGCUUUUAUUGGCGGCCGCUUCUCUCGAUAAUACCAUCUCCCUAUGGAAUCCAAAAACCAACAAGUCAGUUGGUCGACGAUUGUAUCGUCCUACGGGCUUAAGGUGCGCGGCUUUCGCAAGAAACAGCAGACUGUUCGCCGCCAGUGGUACCGACAAUGUGUGUAUCUGGUAUCUUCAGGCGCUGUCUAGGGAUGCCAAUAGCGCAUCGCCUCUCAAUCCAAGACAAUGGUAUGAGCGUUACAUAGCGCAGUGGAGUUCCUUAUUCAGAACUGUUGCCCAAGUCGCUGGGAAGGCAUUUGGUCGCCUGAGAUCAUUUUCACUCACGCGUGCCGCUGGCCUGGGAGUGGGGCACGGUGCACGAGAAAACUAUUUGCAUGGCCGUCAAAGCCCUUCACUUGACAAGCAGGAAAGUGCAGUGCACCUGUUAGAAUAA